UCUUUCAUCUGAAAUAGAGUUUUCUGAGAAAGGCCUCCUACCUUCCUCUUUCAUCUCUGACUGCCAUUUCACUCUAUCGCCUCCUUUUCGUCUCUAUCUUCCUUCACACUUCCCACUACUAUUCUCUCUCCUCUUUUCUUCUUCUUCUCACUUUCGAUCCGCCAUUUUCUCCACAACCAUCAAACCCUAAUCAAAACCCUCAAUUACAUUUUUAUUACGGCAAGAAUGGACAAUUCUCCGCCGGAUCCAGACCGAAUCGCAUAGUCCUUCCUCUUUAAACCCUCCAAAAAAAGCAGUAUCUUGUAGGUGUGUUACCACCUUUAAUCGGCGGCGCCUCUGCCAACCACCUCUCCAUUUCUGCUGCUGCUGUUCUAGGGUUGAUUGGUAGAGUUUCAAGUUAUAGUAGCUUAAAGCACUCCAUACUUGUGUUUGUUAAAGAUCUGGGGCUUUGAAUGUCAUGUUGGCAGGCUUGUAGCCUUUUUUCUUGAGAUUGAAUAUGGUGCAUUUUCAAGCUACUAUUUCUUUGCUGCAAUCCUCAUGGUAUUUGGCGAUGAGGUUGAAUUUACAUUAAGUGAAAUUUCCUGAUACUUGAACACUUACCAUGGAACCUCCAAAUGAAUAUACGCAAUUUUACCACAAUUAUGUAGCAACUGGUAAUGAGGAAGUUCAUCCUGUCUCUGAGAGGUUUAUGCAAGAUGCUACAAACUGCAUAAACAUGAACAUGAGACCUCCAGAGAGUAGUGCAGCGGAAGUCAAGCCAGUUCAUAAUUUUUCCAUACAGACAGGAGAGGAGUUCGCUCUUGAGUUUAUGCGCGAUCGUGUUCUUCCACGCAAACCUGAAGUCUCAAAGGCAGUUAACGAUCCACAUCGUGCAACAAGCUAUAUGGAUCUAAAAGGUAUUUUAGGUAUCAGUCAUACUGGGUCUGAAAGUGGAUCAGAUGUUUCUAUGCUUGCAUUAUCAGAAAAAGUCCCCAAAGAGUUUGACAGAAAGAACCCAUCACUGUAUGAGGGAAAAUCUACCCAUGGAUCAAUGCAAACAAUACGCCGAAAUUCCUCAGCAUAUGGAAGUAGUCGAGGUUUGCAUGGCUAUGCUUCAUCUGGAACAUCAGAUGGUUCAUCAAUGAAAAUAAAGGUUCUCUGCAGCUUUGGCGGUAAGGUCUUACCUCGUCCAAGUGAUGGAAAGCUUCGAUAUGUUGGGGGUGAGACACGCAUCAUACGCAUAAACAAAGAUAUAUCUUGGCAGGAGCUCAAGCAGAAAACAUGCGCGAUGUUAGAUGGUCCUCAUACCAUUAAGUAUCAGCUUCCAGGGGAAGAUCUUGAUGCUCUGGUGUCAGUCUCUAGUGAAGAAGACCUGCAGAAUAUGAUGGAAGAGUGUAAUAUUUUGGGAAAUGGAGAAGCGGCAAAAAAACUCCGGUUAUUUCUGUUUACCUCAAAUGAUUUGGAGGAAGCUCAUUAUAGUAUGAGUGGUGGGGGUGUUGAUUCUGAGUUUCAGUAUGUUGUUGCUGUGAAUUGCAUGGAGAUGGGAAGUAGAAAACACUCAGGCAUGCAUGAUAUAGCAAACUCUUCAGCAAAUGAUUUAGAUGCAUUAAUGGGCCAGAAUGCUGACAGGGGUCUUAACAGUGUAGCAGGCGUAGUUGGAGUAAGCAGUUCGUCUCAUGGUGGAGGUGCUGUUCCAUCAACAGGAAUACUACCUUCCCAGCCAAUACUACCUGGAUCUGCCAACAGUUAUCCACCUCAUCCUCAUCAGUUUCAAGGACAGACGACUCACGUUGAAGAUUCAAAGGGGUAUCCGCUGCAUGGUGGCCACGGCGUUCAUCUCUCUGCACACUUGCCUCAGGAGGAAAGUAAUUCUGUUAUAUUACAACAUGGACUGUCAACAAAUCUUCAGAAAACAACGGAAGCUCAGGGUGACAAAAAGGGUAAUCUUCCUGCUGAAGAAGCAUCUGGAUCCACGUUCAACAAUGGUUUAGUGAAAGAAUUCUCAGAUCUACCUCCAAAAGGUGAAAAAAGGCACAAGGAACCUAUCCUGACCGCUCAAUCUGGUACUGUGCAUUUACCACGGGUUUCUGAGCCGACCAAUCCUGAAACUUCCCAACCGUUUGACUUUGCAUACACUUCCGAACAUGCCCACUCAGAACCUAAUUCAUUGAAUAUGAACCACAGUGAAAUUUCUGCAGCCUCGAGGCCUUAUCUCUCAGUGAACAUACCUAGGGAACAGGGAGAUAUUCUGAGUCGGCUAACUAAGUCUGAUGACUCACUCAAUGCUCAAUUCCUCAUGUCACAUUCAAAUAUUUCAGUUGGUCAGGAGGAUCUGGUCACAGAGUCAUCUGGAAAAUUGCAGAACAUGAAUGUGAUAGCAGAGUCUGUCAUCCAUACUGGCUCUAAAAUGGUUGACAGUGAAGGGGCUAAGUUUUCAGCAGAUAAGGACAGUGUGUCAAGUGCACUUGAAGUUAAUCCAUUUGUUGAACGUAACUCUGAAGCACCCCUUCCAGACAAUAACCAUAAGGGGAACCUUGUUGAUAGAGGUGAAGUCGAGCACGCACGCAGUGAUGUUAGUAAACCAUCUAAUAGCGAGCGGCAUGAUCGUGCUUCUGCUCACCCUGAGUACAAAUGGGCCGAUGAAGCUGGACAAAAUUCCACCAGUAAUGCUGCUGAGAGCAUCCUUAUAGAUAUCAAUGACCGAUUUCCUCGUGAUCUGCUAUCAGAUAUAUUCUCGAAAGCUAUUCUGUCUGAGGAAUCAUCUAGCAUUAACCAGUUGCCGCAUGAUGGGGCUGGCUUGAGCAUGAAUCUUGAGAACCAUGAACCAAAGCACUGGUCUUUCUUUCAAAAUCUGGCCAAGGAUGAUUUUCGGAAAGAUGUUUCUUUGAUGGAUCAGGAUCAUCCCAUUUAUUCAUCCGGACUUGCCAAAGUUGAUGGAGAAGGUCCUGGAGUUUACCAGUUCACACCUGUAUCAACAGAUGGGAUUCCCUCGAGUCAUGUUGAUUCUCGCAUGUUUAGUGAAUAUGGUCACAUAGAGUUGCCUGAUGCUGUUUUAGCUGAUCAGGAAGUCUCUACGUCAGAUUAUAACCCCUCUUUGGCAAAAUGUAGUGAAGCUGUCCAAUAUGAUGGUGUUGGGGCUCCAUACUCGGAUUAUGAGGAAGCAAAAGAGGAGACCAAGUAUGUUGGUCUUCCUCCUCUAGGUCCUCUUGUGGACUUUGACAUUAGUACCUUGCAGAUCAUAAAAAACGAUGAUCUUGAAGAGCUUAGAGAACUGGGUUCUGGAACUUUUGGCACUGUAUAUCAUGGAAAAUGGAGGGGAACAGACGUUGCUAUUAAGCGAAUAAAGAAAAGUUGUUUCACUGGUCGAUCAUCAGAGCAAGAAAGAUUGACUGCAGAGUUCUGGCAUGAAGCUGAAAUCCUCUCAAAGCUUCACCAUCCAAACGUGGUGGCAUUUUAUGGUGUUGUGCAAGAUGGACCUGGAGGAACAUUAGCCACGGUUACAGAGUUUAUGGUUGAUGGUUCUUUGCGGCAUGUUCUUCUUAGGAAGGACAGGCAUCUGGACCGCCGCAAACGACUUAUAAUUGCAAUGGAUGCUGCAUUUGGAAUGGAAUAUUUACAUUCGAAAAAUAUUGUGCAUUUUGAUUUGAAGUGUGACAAUUUGCUUGUGAAUUUGAAAGACCCUUCACGGCCCAUUUGCAAGGUUGGUGAUUUCGGUUUAUCAAAAAUCAAGCGAAAUACAUUAGUUUCUGGAGGAGUAAGAGGAACUCUCCCAUGGAUGGCCCCUGAACUUCUGAAUGGAAGUAGCAGCAAGGUCUCUGAGAAGGUCGAUGUGUUUUCUUUUGGUAUUGUACUAUGGGAAAUCCUCACCGGUGAAGAACCCUAUGCCAACAUGCAUUAUGGUGCCAUUAUAGGUGGAAUUGUGAAUAACACGCUGAGGCCCCUUAUUCCCAAUUACUGUGAUGCCGAAUGGAGAUUGCUAAUGGAACAGUGCUGGGCUCCAAAUCCUGCUGCUCGACCUUCAUUUACAGAAAUCGCUGGCAGAUUACGUGCGAUGGCUGCUGCAUGCCCAUCUAAAGCUCAGGGUCCAAAAGCAUCUCACUAAAAUUGUCCCCCAUAAGCAUCAUCUAUUUAGUAUACUUAUUUUCAUAGUUAACGAUCAGCUUCCCUCAAUGUAUUUUCCGAAGCAGGAGCUGUAUAUUCGUUGAAACACAUACUGUCAAAGUGUCAAUCUUGUUCUAAACUCUUGAUUGACUUUGAAGAUUCGCAGAACCUCAAAUCAUUUAUUUUGUACAGGAGUGUUUGUGGUCAAAUUUGACAACAUUAGCAUGUAAUGCUUUCAGGGGCACUUAUUGAGUCAUUUUGAAAUCAA